AUGUCGCUGCCGCAGCUUCCCGAAGGGAGGCCGGGCAACCUCACACCUGAACAAGAGGAGAAGCUUCGCAAGAUGUGGGAAGCUAUUUUCCAAGUCUGUGGCACCAUUGAUACCACUGAUACGUCUGCUACAGAGGCUUCAGCCUCUCAGGCUGAGACAGAGACGCCCAAGAAAAAGCGCUUCGGAAUGUUCCGCAAGAAGGAUUCCAAGUCGGGCAUUUCCACGCCGCUCAGCCCAGAUGCCUCAGGGAACAACGCUGAUGAGGACGAUAAGUACGGCCAAAAUAAACAGUUCCAGGAAGCGCUUUCUCGACAGACCCCAGAGGAGAUAAGGGACACUAUAUGGUCCAUGGUUAAGCAUGAUCAUCCCGACGCGCUAGCGCUGCGCUUUCUCCGUGCUCGCAAAUGGGAUGUGGAUAGAGCUCUUGUCAUGAUGGUGUCUACCAUGAACUGGAGACACACCGAAAUGCAUGUCGAUGACGACAUUAUGUUUGAGGGUGAGGCUGGAUCCCUGGCCGACUCCAGAGGAGAAGGGAAGAAGUCGAAGAAGAGCGGCGAGGACUUUAUGGAACAGCUCCGUCUGGGAAAGAGCUUUCUUCACAAUGUGGACAAGUUUGGUCGUCCCAUUUGCACCGUCAGAGUUCGGUUUCACAAGCAAGGCGACCAAAGCGAGGAGAGCUUGGAGCGGUAUACGGUGUACAUAAUCGAGACCGCCCGCAUGCUUCUUGAACCUCCGGUGGACACGGCUACUAUCAUUUUCGACAUGACAGGCUUUUCGAUGGCCAACAUGGAUUACGCCCCUGUCAAGUUCAUGAUCAAAUGUUUUGAGGCCAACUUCCCUGAGUCUCUGGGAACUGUCUUGGUCCACAACUCGCCGUGGCUCUUUCAGGGAAUCUGGAAGGUCAUUCGCGGAUGGCUAGACCCCGUCGUGGCAGGAAAGGUUCACUUUACCAACACUGUGGCAGACCUCAAGGAGUUCAUAGACGCCGAUAAGAUAAGCAAGGAGCUUGGCGGUGAUGAGGACUGGGAGUACCAGUACAUUGAGCCCAAGGAGGGAGAGAAUGAUAUCAUGAAGGAUACCGAAACGAGGGACAAGAUCAAGGCUGCCAGGGACGAGCUGGUGAAGCAAUUCGAGACCGCGACAGUGGAUUGGAUCAAGACUACGAACCCUGAGGAGGCGCAGGCUCUCAAGGUUAAAAGGCACGAUCUGGCCAAGCAGCUGAAGGAGAAUUAUUGGAAGCUGGACCCGUACGUGCGUGCUCGGUCGUUGUACGACAGAGUGGGCAACAUCCGCCCUGGAGGAAUAGUCUGCUGGGAUAAGACGCCAGCUCCAACGGUCAGCACCACAGCUCCAGCUACGACACCAGCCCCGACCGUAACCCCCGCCCGAGAGACUUCACAAGAUGAUGUAGAUUAA